AGAAGUCUCUGUGCCGUCAGUCUGGGGGUGCACAUCUCUGUCCUCUGCCUCUUUGUUUCCCGCGGGAAAGCCUGUGACUUCCGAGCGGAGAGGGACCGGGAAUAGCAGCAGCAUGAGCCGGGCAGCGCGUCCGGAGAGCCCCGCUCGGAGCCCCGGCAGGAGCCCCGCCAGGAGGCAGGAGCAGCCGCACGGCCGAGUCGGCUCCGGGACCAGGGACAGUGGCGCAGGGUCGGCCCGCAGCAAACGGCACCUGGAGGGGGUCCUGAAGAAAUACACCAACCCGCUGCAGGGCUGGCAGAGCAGAUAUUUUGUCCUGGACCCAGAGGUUGGUCAGCUUCAAUAUUAUCUCAAUGAACUCAGUAAAGGCCAGCGACCUCCCAGAGGGUCUCUGCCUCUCCUUGGAGCAAUGGUGGUCUCCAGCGCCGACUUUCCCUACAUGUUUACCAUUCAAUCCCCUACUGGAGAUUCCUACAAACUCAGAGCACUGGACGCCCAGGAGCAAGAGCUCUGGAUGACUCAGCUCCAGCUGUGUUCCCGACGCCACUCUGACAGCAGCGCCAAGGUAAUGAUCCAGGCUGAAGGGCAGCAGAAGAACCUGGUCAACCCUAUUGAGUCCCUGUCCCCCCGAGGUGGACCCCUCUCUUCUCUGGAUGAGGACCUGCUCCUUUUAAAGGCCACGUCUGCAGCCACUUUGAGCUGCCUGGGGGAGUGUCUCAGUAUGCUGCAGCACAAUGUUGUUCAGGCUCUCAACCAGAACCAGAACCAGAACCAGAACCACACCCCUAGUCCCAGCAUCCCCCACAGCUCAGCUGGUCUGAAUCAGGCAGCUCCCACAGACAGAGUCCGUCCGUGGAGCCAGCGCUGCAGCUCCAGUGUAAACCAGAUGGAGCCUGGGGGCAUCCGAUCCAGCAGCCAAGACCCGACUCACAGCUUCAGUGAGAGCCAGAGUCCCAAAGACAGCAGCUACAGCGGACGUCCAGGAAGUGGCCUCAACCACAUCCAUGGUCAGAGUCAAGGCAGCGAGCAUGCAGAUAGUUUCCCUGGACGGUCCAGAUCUCUUUCGGAGAAGCAGGUGAAAACACCUCUCUCCUCCUCGUCCUGGCCGUCUUCCACUCAGACACACAAGGACCCUUUUGAGUCUGCCUAUCAGAAGUACAGCAGGCAGAACGCCACUCUCCUGCUUCCUCUCCUGCUUCCUUUCUUUUCUACUUCUCCUACUUCUUACCAUCUCACCUCACUUCUCUUCACCAUUAAUGUCUCUCAGCCUCUCCUCCCCAAAGCUCUGUUCCCCCCCCCUCGCCUCUCUCUGGUACUUGCUGUGGUAGUAUCAUCCUGGGACGUCUGUCAGGCUCUCUCGUCUCGUCUCUCUCUGUCUGUCUCUCUCUGUCUGUCUCUCUCUGUCUGUCUCUCUCUCUCGAUGGUGGACAUGAAAUCCAGCAGGACUUCCAACAAGUCAGCAGUGGUUGCAUGCCAGUCCAACAACCAGGGACAGCAGCAGGCCCAAGCCAGCAGCCCAGAAAGCCUGGACGCCAGCGACGAGACCACAGACACAGAGGACCAUGAGGAGGAGGACCUGGGAGUUCUGGAUGAGCAGCGAAGCAUCAUGCUACACCUCCUGUCCCAGCUCAAACUGGGCAUGGACCUCACACGGGUGGUGCUCCCUACCUUCAUCCUGGAGAAGCGCUCCCUACUGGAGAUGUACGCCAACUUCAUGGCUCAUCCCGACAUGUUCCUCUCCAUCACCUCCGGCUGCACGCCAGAGGAGCGCAUUGUUCGCUUUGUGGAGUACUACCUGACAGCCUUCCAUGAGGGCCGCAAGGGUGCUGUGGCCAAGAAGCCCUACAACCCAAUCCUGGGGGAGCACUUCCACUGUUCCUGGUACGUGCCUCGGGACCGUGUCCGACCUCUCAGGAAUACCAACUGUCCUGGUCCCAACUCAGCCCCCCCAGCCACUCCCGGGUCUCCACAGGGGGGGAAGGAUGGUAGCAGCAGAAGAAACUCAGACUGCUAUCGUGUUCGGUUUGUGGCUGAGCAGGUGUCCCACCACCCACCUGUGUCGGGCUUCUACUGCGAGUGCAAGGAGAAGAGGAUGUGUGUCAACACUCACGUCUGGACCAAGAGCAAGUUCAUGGGCAUGUCUGUUGGAGUGUCCAUGGUCGGGGAAGGGGUGCUGUACUUGUUGGAGCAUGAUGAGGAGUACGUGUUUACGCUGCCCUGUGCCUACGCCCGCUCCAUCCUCACCGUGCCAUGGGUGGAACUUGGGGGAAAGGUCUCCAUCAACUGUGCCAAGAGUGGGUACUCUGCCACUGUCACUUUCCACACCAAACCCUUCUAUGGAGGAAAGGUGCACAGAGUAACAGCAGAGGUGCAGAACAACCAAACAGGAAACAUCGUGUGUAAGGCCCAGGGCGAGUGGAACGGGGUGCUGGAGUUCACUUACAGCAACGGGGAGAGCAAGGUGAUCGACACGGCCAAGCAGCCAAUCAUCAGGAAGAAGAUCCAGCCCCUAGAGAGGCAGGGCCAGUACGAGUCCCGGCGUCUUUGGCAGCAUGUGACAGUGUCGCUGAAGGCAGGAAACAUGGACGCGGCCACAGAACACAAACACUGCCUGGAAGAGAGGCAGCGCAGCGAGGGCAAACAGAGAGCGGCCACCAAAACACCCUGGAAACCCAAAUACUUUAUUAAAGAGGUGAGCAGGAGCACACACACCGGGACCGCCACUGUGUCACAGAAGUAA